GCCGCCGGACAGCGAGAAGAAGAAGAAACGUCAUUAACAGUCGCCGCUCGCGCGUCCCUCUGAAACAGAAACAGAAGGAAACAAACCUCUCGUGAACUGGGAGCAUAUUUACAAACACGACUAAAGAAACCGGUUCCUGAAAGUUGUCCGAGGACACCCUGUGUGACACACGGGCCCGAAGGUUCGCUGCAAUUACAUCCCUGCCCCAGCAGGCCUCCGCGGCCGAUGACUGACACCAACAAACUGCGAACUUAUCGCUAGCUGAGGGAAGAGGCUAACCACAGUAGACCGUCUUGGCGCAAGCUGAAGUAUAGCUUGGUGCAAGUUGUACUUUGGAAUAAGAUGGACUGCAGCACAGAUGAUGUGGCGCACGACUCUCCAGGAAACAACGGCUCCUGCUCUGAUGACGACGUGCCGUUCUCGAAGCUCAUGAAUAAACCACGCAGGGAGGAGAAACCGUCACGUGGAAACGGGCACAGAUCCAGUUCUAAUUCGGCAAAGGACAAAAGUGCUUCUCCUGUUGAAGCUUCCGAUGACUCUUCAGAUGACAAACCUUUGAUAAAAAAGAAAAUUGUCUCCGCUCCACCAGCUAAAAAAAUUGAGAAAAAAGGCAACAAGUCAAUCAGAUCUAAUGGCACAAAUGACAAAGCAGAUACAAACUCCGAUGAUGGCUCGGACAAUGAGGCGCUCAAAACGAUCCCUAAAAAGUCAUCUAAAGCUGCAAAGAAUUCUAUCUCCAAGGCCUCCAAAAAAUCAGUCCCUUCAAAGAAGAAAGAAUUGCUGGAGGACGAUAAAAGCUCAGGGGACGAGCAUUCGAUCGAGCCCCGCAAGAAAAGUUACCCAAAGAGAAAGGCCUCUUGUACUCCGCCUAGGAAAGUGGCGCCAGUAGUGAAAUCCAAAAGGAAUUUAGGGAGGGAAAAGGUUAAAUAUGCAGAGUCUUCAACUGACGGCUCAGACAAUGAACCGCUGUCAACGUUGAUGAGGAAGAAGGCACAGGCUCCUAAAGGGCAGACGACUUCACCAAACAGCAAGAAAACCAAACCCACGGACAAAUCCCCCAAAGACAGCAGCUCAGACAACGACGACGACGAUGACGAUGAUGAUGAUGAUGAUGAGAGCGACGACGACCUGCCUCUGAACCUUGUUUCCAAGAAGAAACGAGGGAAGAAAAAUGCAAAGAAGGGCACUGCGUCGCCAGGCGGAGCGUCGAGAAAGCGACACGGACUCGUAGAUGACGGCUCAGAUUCUGAACCGCUGUUUAAUUUAGUGAAAAAGAAGCGCACAGACAAAGAAACGCAAAAAAGAGCGAAGGCUUCACCUGCAAAGAAAAAGACAAUUCCCAAAAAGCCAAGAAAGACGGCUGAGUCGGGACUCUCAGAUGACGGUUCAGAUUACGAACCGCAAAUUAAUGUUGUGAAAAAGAAACGCACAAACAAACAAACACAAAGAAAAGCGAAGGCUUCACCUGUGAAGAAAAACACAACUCUCAAAAAAUCAAGAAAGACCCCCGAGUCGGAGUUGUCAAGCAUCAGUUCAGAUGAUGAACCCUUAAGCAAAGCAGUCAAACACCCUCAAGUGACCAAAACCCUGAACAUUAUGCUGGAGAGGUGUGAUGUAGAAGAAGCUGGGGACGCAGGGAGCCUGAACAAAACCAAACAAGAGACACAGGUCGAUGAGAAAACGUCAAGGGAGGAGUCUGAGGAAUCACCAGAAGAAGAAUAAGUUGCAACCUUUGAGCUGGAUGGCAGAGUUCAAAGCACCGAGUGGCUACAUGUGUAAUGAACUGAAGUAUAAGUUAUUGGGGAGGGACCUCUUUAAAAGGGAAAAAAAGAGAAAAGAAUCACACCUAGUUUUCAUGUCGAGUGUCUUUUAUAACUGUGUACAGUGCAUACGUGUGUAUGGUGGGGAUAUUUUUACUCUUCUUUUUAAGUUUGGGACCAGUUUUGGUAGUUUCCCAAAAGAUUUUACAGUAUUUUAUUUCACAAUUUGUAAAUAUGGUUUGCAUUGUCUGCCUCCUUUGGAUUUAAUGUUUUUAGAAAAGCUGUAAUGCUCAUUGAUAUUAAGUUAUACUCUGCUUUCAUAUUAACUGUUCUCUCAGCAUGCCGAAGGGAAAACCUCCUCGAGGGAUUAAACUGCUUUCACUGUGACUUUCA